AUGCUUCAAGGCUUCCUUACUAACUUGGCAACCCUUGUGAUCGAGUGUGAUUUGGCACGAGAAUUAGACUUGAAGGAACCCAUCGCGCAUUUUCCUUCAACGAAAGGCGGUCCUUGUUCUUUUCUUUCUACUCCAUUGCAAUUCCUUUUAUUCUUUUUUUCUCUACCAUGUUCUCCUUCACUUGUUUCUCUCGUUUCCUCUUCCUUUCCUCUUCCUAUUUCUCUUUCAUCACUUCUCUUUUUUUUCUCCUAUAUUUUCUAUUUGAGUUUUAGCUCCCCCCUCUUAUUCCUCAUUUCUUUCUCUCUCCUCUUACCAUUCCUUUUUAUCUAUUGUUUAUGUCAUUUCUUUCCCUUGUUGUUUCGUUUGGCUUCCCCACAAAAAAAGUUAAAAAUGCUGAUAGUCAAAACAAUUGUUAUUGUGACUUUUUUCUCCUCAUGGCGUGUUUUUCUUUCUUUCUUCUAA